UGGCAGGUGCUACAGCCUGAGGGCCCCAUGCUGGUGGCAGAAGGUGAGACCCUCUUAUUGAGGUGCACGGUGAUUGGCUCCUGCAUUGACAACAUGAUAAAGUGGGUCAAGGUGAGCUCUCAGGAUGAGCAAGAAAUUUAUAACUUCAAACGUGGCUUCUUCCCUGGAGUGGUGCCCAUGACCCAACAGAUAUCAGAGCCACUGAACUGUGAUUAUUCCAUCUAUAUCCACAAUGUGACCAAGGAGCAUGCUGGAACCUACCACUGUGUGAAGUUUGAUGGUUUGAGUGAACAUUCAGAAAAGAAGGCAGAUGAGGGCACCUUGGUGCUUGUGAAAGGAGCCGAGGACCCUGAGCCUGACCUCUGGAUCAUCCAGCCCCAGGAGAUGGUGUUGGUGACCACUGGAGAUACUGUCUUCCUGAACUGCACAGUGUUUGGAAAUGGUCCCUCUGGAUCCAUUAGGUGGUUUCUGGGGACUGGUCUGAGCCGGGAGGCCAUUUACAACUUUGGAGGCAUCUCCUACUCGAACGUGACAGCAGUGCGGGCCUCCAACAAUGACUUCAGCAUUCUUCUGCCAGACAUCUCCACUAAGGAUGCUGGCACCUAUUACUGUGUAAAGUUUCACAGGAAACUCAACAGACAAUACCUUUCUGGACAGGGCACCAUGCUGAGAGUGAAAGCAAAACCCACCACUUCCCAAGAGGCAGAAUUCUCUGAUGAACAUGUGGCCAGGAUGUUUCCAACAGGCAGAAAAUAUAAGGCUGCAGAGGUUACAGCAGCUGGACCCAGGCUCACCCACAGGUACUGAAGUAUGAGCCAUGGGGCACUCACCAGAGGUCCUGCCUGAGCU